AUUUCAUUUUUUUAAGGAGCCAGAGGAAGAAGGAGCAGCCGCUGCCACCACCGCUGCCACACCACCGCCACCACCAGCACCAAGGGGCGGCCCCUGGAGCCACAGCAUGGCAGAGCAGAAGCGGCUGGCCUUCUCCAUCGUCCAGUUCCUCCAGGACCAGCUGCAGAAUGGGGGCCUCUCCCUGGACGCCCAGGAGAGCCUGGAAGUUGCCAUCCAGUGCCUUGAGACAGCCUUUGGGGUCUCCCUGGAGGACCAGAGCCUGGCCAUCUCCCAGACGCUGCCGGAAAUUUUCGAAGCCGCUGCUGCCAAGGAGCCUCAGCCCACGGUGCCCACCCCUGACCCAGCCACCCCCUCCGAGGAGGACACCGCAGAAGCAGAAAGGCUGAAGGCCGAAGGAAAUGAACAGAUGAAAGCAGAGAACUAUGACAGUGCCGUCUCGUACUAUGGGAAAGCCAUUGAACUCAACCCGUCCAAUGCAGUCUACUAUUGCAACAGGGCCGCCGCCUACAGCAAGCUUGGUAACUACGCUGGGGCCGUCCGGGACUGUGAAAGAGCCAUCGGCAUCGACCCCAAAUACAGCAAAGCCUACGGGAGGAUGGGCUUAGCCCUCUCCAGCCUGAACAAGCUCUCAGAGGCCGUGGUCUACUACCGGAAAGCUCUGGACCUCGACCCGGACAACGAGACGUACAAGUCAAACCUGAAAGUCACCGAGCAGAAAAUGAAGGAGGCUCCAAGCCCGACGGGAAGCCCAGGGGGCUUUGACCUGGCUAGCCUCCUCNNNNUGCCCUUCCUAAUUAACCAGGCCUCGAACCUGAUGAACAACCCUCAAGUGCAGCAGCUGAUGUCGGGGAUGAUCUCGGGGGGCCAGAGUCCGAUAGCGACGCCGGGAGCCAGCCCUUCCCCGAACGACCUCGCCAGCCUUAUUCAAGCAGGCCAACAGUUUGCUCAGCAAAUGCAGCAGCAGAACCCAGAGCUGAUAGAGCAGUUGCGGAGCCAAAUCCGGAGCAGGGCCCCCAGCGCCAGCAACGAAGAGCAGCAGGAGUGAGGGAACCGACAGGGUCGUUCUUUGCUGGGGAGACGAUCCUUCGCUGCAGGAGAAAAGGAAGGAGGAAGGAAAGAAGGAAAGGCGGGGGAGCCCAGCUUGUGUCUCGCCGUUCUCCAGCUGGGAAGGAAAAACCCAAGAGGGACAGAUGGGGGAGGGAGGGAGGGAGGGAGGGAGGAAGGGCGUGGGGAUGAGCCCCACUUGUCCAACCUGCAUGUUAGAGACUGUUCCGCGUCAUUUCCCCCCCCCCCCAAAAUACAUAACCCCAGCCCAUGCUCUACUCUCUCUGCUGCCUGGCAAGCUGUUCAGCACCAACCAGCAUUGACCCGAUGGCCUGCCAAGGAUUGGGGCCCCUUACCAGAGAUGAACUGGGUCCCCCCCUUCCGCCGCCGUGGAGGAAACGCAACACUCAUUUCUCAGAAGAAUGUUCCACGACGAAUCCAGAGAACAUCCCACCCAUGAGAGGAGAGAGCUGCGGCUUCCGAAAAGACAUGUUAUUUUCGCCCUCUCCCCUACCCCACCUUUCCUCGCCCUGCAGGGCCUUCUCCCUCGCCAUCUGGAGAAGAGUUCGCUGUUCGUUUGUGGCUUUUGUACCCUUUGCUGACUCUGGAUCCCACAAGCAGGGAUCCGAGGGUUGAAGGACAUUUCCCCCGAGUUAUUUCUUUGGUCGCGCUGCUGAGGCUGCCGGGCGCGUGUCACGGAGCAGCAGAGAGCAGACCCUGAUUGAAGGAUUUUGCUUUAUUUUGGAGUGAUCAUGUAUGUAGGCGGGAGGGGAAGUUGACCCUAGAAUAGGACAAAAAUGUUUUUUUGGGGGGGGUAUGUUUGCAAAUUGGACUCUUCUGCCCCCUCUCAACUAGGAACUGUCUUUCUCUCUCCUUUUUUAAGCCCUUGGCAAGCAUGACUUGACAGUUGCGCUCUCUGUAAGCUCGUUGGGUGGAUGGUGUGGUGGGACUUGACUGCCGGUCAUCUUGGUUUUUUAAAGUGUUUCUAAUUUGA